UGUGAUAGAAUCUUCAGUUAGUCGAAAUGUAUUGCCCCGAGAAGUACAUUAGAGGAAAUGGGUUGCAACGAAGAGAUGCCGAGGAUAUUUCAAAUAGAUUUAUAGAAAAAAUGAUUUGGAAACCCAAUGAAAUAGUUUUGGAUGUAGGAUGUGGACCAGGAGACGUAUCAUCAAAUAUUCUGUAUCCACUAUUAAAAAAUAAAAUCAAACGGAUGGUUGGUGUUGACAGAUCAAUUCAAAUGGUCGAACAUGCGAAAAAAACAUAUGGAUACCCUAAAUUGGAAUUCAAAGUCUUGGAUAUUGAAAAUGUUAAUGAGUGCAUUUCGUAUACAAAUAGUUUCGAUAAAAUAUUUUCUUUUUUUUGUUUCCAUUGGAUUCAUAAGAAAGCUGACGCUUUGAUUAAUAUGAAAACAAUGUUGAAAAGUGGUGGGGAAAUUUUACUUCAUUUCAUGUUAGUUAAUCCAAUAGUUGAACUUUACAAAUAUAUAGAUGCAGAAUGGCAAAUCUUUGUGAAAGAUACUCGUCAACCGAACAACUCGUAUUCUCAAGAUGAAGUAAAAACUAUGUUCAUUGAGGCUGGGUUUCGAAUCAUCAACAGUGAAUCAAGUGUAAGAAAGUAUACAUAUCCAGAUUUAACUUCCAUCUUAGAUGCCAUUAAAUCCGUUGAUGAUAUGUACAAUGUUUUGCCACCACAAUUACAUGAUCGAUAUUCUAUGCAUAUCAAAGACAAAAUACUUGAGAAAAAGAUGUUUAAUAUAUGUCCAAAUACAAAAGUAAUAACCAGCUUAAAUUGGAGAAUUAUGAUUAUAUUCAGUAAUUAAAAAUAUUAAGCAGUACUAUAGUUUAACUAUUAUGUAAGUUUAAGUAUUUUUACAAAAAAUAUUUUUAAACCGAUCCUAUUAUUGAGUUGAUAUUGUACAAUUUUCACUCAUUUUAUAUAAGAUGAACUAUAGUAUCCAUUAUACAAUUUAAGUAGGACCAAGGUCAGCUUUAGAUACGAUCGACGCGUAUGGUGGCACAGGGCGAUACAAUCAGAACGAUGCGUGAGAAUCGUGAAAAUUAGAAUUACAUUUUAUCAAACAUUGGCGAUCCUAAUUAUGCACUAUAGAGAGAAAAAAUAAAUAAUUUUCACAAUAUGAUUUAAUAUAUAUUUGAUUAUAACUAUUAUUUAUUAUUAUAUCAACAUGCAAGGAGUGGCGGCGCUUGUAGACAUGGGUUAGUAUGGGCAGUUUUAUAAGUUAUCAUUAUAUAAUAAUAAUAUAAUAUAAUUAUAAUAUAGUCGUGAUUUACAAAUA